AUGGAUCAAGGGGUGGUAGAGGGUGUGGCUGAGGUGAAAAGGGUGGUAAAAGACCAUUUUGAGGGUAGGUUCAACAAGCAAGAGAUUCCAAGACCUAAGCUAACAGGAUUGGAGUUCAAUAGAUUGUCUGAUAAGGAAAGGGUAAUGCUGGAAGAGGAAUUCUCUAGGGAGGAGAUCAAGGAGGUAGUAUUUAGCUGUAAGGGGGAUAGAAGUCCUAGACCUGAUGGAUUUAAUCUGGGUUUUAUCAAGAAAUGUUGGGAGAUAGUGGGAAAUGAGGUUGUUCUUUGUAUACAAGACUUUCACCUUAAAGAUUCACUGCCUAGAGCAUUGUCAGUCAUAUAUGGCCUUAAUUCCCAAGGUUUUAAGAUCAGUGAUGGAAUGUCAUACGAUCUGCUCCAGUUUGCUGAUGAUACUAUAUUAAUGUGUGAGGGUUCGUGGAGGAAUUUGUGGGCUAUCAAAGUGGUAUUAAGAGGAUUUGAAAUGGUUUAUGGUUUGAGAGAAAGCAUGUGGAAGAGAAAAUUUUAUGGUAUUGGUCUGGAACAUACAUUCCUACAGGAAACUUAUGAUAAGAAAGGGGUGGCGUGGAUUAGUUGGAAAAAAAUAUGCAAACGGAAAGAUGAAGGUGGCCUUGGAAUUAAAGAUAUGGAAAUGUUCAAUAAGGCUUUACUCUCAAAGUGCUUAUGGAGAUUUCUUAGUGGUGAAAAUGCAAUUUGGAAAGGUGUAUUGAAGGUAAAAUAUGAUGUACUAGCUGAUAGAAUUUUGUUGAAAAAAAGGCCAGGUAAGAAAAGGUUGGAGUCACUCUUGUGGAAAGGGGCAGGGCAGGGGUUGAGGUGUGUAAGUUCUAUGGGGUCGUGGGUUGAUAAUAGGUGGUUAUGGCAUAUUGAAGGUAAUAUUGGAGAGGACAAAUGA